CGUCGAGGGGCUGCUCAAACAGGCCAUCAGCAUCCGGGACCACAUGAACGCCACCGUGCAGGGCCACAGACCAAGGUCGUUCCACCCAGCCUGGGAGGAUGGGGAGAAAAAAGAUUCAGAUCUCACGCAUUCUGGACCAAAGGAAUCGGCAGGUGACAUUCACCAAGAGGAAGUUCGGGCUGAUGAAGAAGGCCUAUGAGCUGAGCGUGCUCUGCGACUGUGAGAUCGCCCUCAUCAUCUUCAACAGCGCCAACCGCCUCUUCCAGUACGCCAGCACCGACAUGGACCGCGUGCUCCUGAAGUACACCGAGUACAGCGAGCCCCAUGAGAGCCGCACCAACGCCGACAUCCUCGAGACACUGAAGCGGAGGGGUGUGGGUCUUGAUGGGCCAGAGCUGGAGCCAGACGAGGGGCCUGAGGGGCCGGGUGAGAAGCUGCGAAGGCUGGCAGGUGAUGGGGGUGACCCAGCCUUGCCCAGGCCCCGGCUCUAUCCAGCAGCCCCCACUAUGCCCAGCCCAGACAUGGUGUAUGGAGCCUUGCCCCCACCAGGCUGUGACCCCAGUGGGCUCGGGGAGGCCCUGCCUGCUCAGAGCCGCCCAUCUCCCUUCCGGCCUGCAGCCCCCAAAGCCGGGCCUCCAGGACUGGCGCACCCUCUUUUCUCACCAAGCCACCUCACCAGCAAGACGCCACCCCCGCUGUACCUGGCUGCAGAGGGCCGGAGGCCAGACCUGCCUGGUGGUCUGGCCGGGGCCCGAGGGGGGCUAAGCACUCCGAGAAGCCUCUACAGUAGCCUGCAGAGCCCGUGCUCCACUGCGGCCCCAGGACCCCCACUGGGGAGCUUCCCCUUUCUUCCCGCAGGCCCUCCAGAAUAUGGCCUGGGAGACCCUCCACCGGCCCCUGGCCUGCUGCAGCCCCCCACCCUGGCUCCCUGGCAGUCCUCCAGGGGGGACGGUCCCCCGGCGGCCCCCGCCCAGCCCAGUGGGGGCCGCAGCCUGGGCGAGGAGGGGCCCCCUGGCCGCGGCACCUCCCCGCCGACCCCCCCACUCAGCAUCAAGUCGGAGCGCCUGUCGCCGGCCCCCGGGGGCCCCGGCGACUUUCCUAAGGCCUUCCCCUACCCCCUGCUCCUUGCCCGGUCCCUGGCAGAACCCCUGCGGCCCGGGCCUCCUCUGCGCCGGCUGCCCUCGGCUGAUGGCUGGCCCCGGUAA